GGUAAAGAUGACUUGUAUGUAUAAUAUCAUCUUCUUCAGAAUGAGAAACCCACCAAGCCAGUCAGCCUCUUUGCACAGCAGUUCUCUGCAGUGUCUCCAACAGUGUUUGGACUUCCAGAACAGAACCAGGAGGUAGCUACAGAAAAGAUGGAGACAGACCAAGGCAAUGCACAAACCAUUAUGUUUGGAGACACCAGCACCAUUGUGGAGGGAUCGGGACUCUCCCACGAUAGAAGAGCUGUAGAGACAGAAGUACAUCAGAUUCACCAGGAGAACGUAGCUCGCCUGUCCACCAUGACAGAGGAACAGAUUCAACAGGAGAGGGAUAAACUACUGCAGACCCUCGAUCCCAGUCUCAUCCAGUUUCUGGCUUCCAAGAAAAAGCACCAGUCAACAGGAGAGACACAACACACCAGUAAUGAGAGCCCCCUGACUGCCCCUGUUGGUACUGCAGAGCAGGCACAAGUCCCUGCUGCAGGUGUGUCUGCUGUGUCCAGUCUGAGUGAGGAGGACAGACUCAGGAGUAUGGUCAGUGAGCAGGACAACUCUGAGGAUGUGUUACUAGCUGAGAUGGACACAGGGGUUCCAUUACAAGAACAAGUGCCCAUCCAGUCCUCCAAAGACUGGUUGAACAUGGAUGUAGUGGAGCAUGAGAAGUUGGAGUGGAUGAAGGACCUCCCUGCUGCUAAACCUGGGGACAACAAGGGCAAGGUUGCCAGGUUUGACCUUGAAGGUCAGCUGAUGUCCAGGGACAAGGACGUCCCCACCCACCUGGGUCUGCAUCACCAUGGAGAUGAACCCGAGGUGGCAGGUUACACCCUGGAGGAGCUGUUCAUGUUGUCCCGCAGUCGGCUCCCCCAGCAGAGGGCACUGGCACUGCAGGUGCUGGCCAGGAUUGUAGCCAGGGCGAGGAAUGGUGAGUUUGCCGUGGCGCUGAGUGGUCCCCUGUUACCCAUGAUGCUGGAGUCUGGGAUGGUGUUUGUCGUACGCUUCAGUCUGGAUGAAAACACCCCCAGUCUGGUGGCCACGGCCGUGGAAGCCUUGCACAGCCUGCUGGUCUUACCUGGGGACGAGGUAAGUCUGCAGAAGCAUUCAAUCUGUGGAUCGGAGUUGUGUGCAGACCAUGUGUACAGUUGGUACCGAGGGAGUGAGUUCCCUGCCCUGUGUUCUAUGAGAAAUCCUGAGGAGGAGGGGGAGGAGAAGGGUCGGGAGAAGACUGACCAAGAGCUGGCCAAGGAGGACGUCAUCAAGGGUCUCCUGCGGAUGACGUUACUGCCCAGACUACGUUACAUCCUGGAGGUGCUGAGACCAGACGGCCCUGUGGUCAUCCACAUUGUAGAGAUCCUCAUCCGGGUGGCCAGGCAUUCUCUACAGGCCGCCUACCAGGUCCUUCGCUGUCCCCACUUAAUGGAAACAGUUUUUACAGAAUUUCUGCCACUAUCUUGGGCAGACAAAGUGUCAAGUGCAGACAAGUCAGAGGCGCACGGCCGUCCCCUCCCACAGGCCAUGAAGCUGAUGAGGGUGUUGUGUACGGCAGGGAGGAACAUCACUGCAAUCCUGAUUUCCAAGCAUUCCCUGAUGGAAAGAAUAAUGAGAUAUACUGCAGAGCACCCAAGUGAUCUUGAGUUAGACCAGCUGGAGGCCUACAGUCUGGCUGUGGAAUCCCUGCGUACCUGGGCAACGUGUGCUGUCUAUGGGCUGGGCUGUGAGGCUUUUAGGGAACUGUACCCGGUGGUUGUGCAGACCCUACAGAGACUGUUUGGUACCCUGUCCUGUGUGGGGAGCCGUGCUGACCCACAAGCCUUCCAGGCUGCAGGACUCUUCAGCCUGAUAGAGGGCGCCACCCACACUGCUGGGGUAGCCACAGAACUAUCAGCAAGAUUGGCUAAUGUUGGAGAGAGAGAAGGUAACCAUGACAACCUGCCUGCCCCGCCCAUCAACUGGAGCCAUGUGAUUGGCCUGCUGCCUGCAGUACAGCUGUGUGUGAAGAAAUGGGUAACACAGGCUGUCUCUCACACAGGGGAACCACAGGAAGUAAACUCUUCACUUGUUGCAAGCUGUCUGCAUUACCUGGCCUCCUACCUGUGCAAGCUGGUACUGCAGCCUUCCCAUGAUGCAGUGGGGACCCUGCAGUACCUGGAGGAGCUGAUGUCCGAGGUUCUGCUGCCACUCAUCAACUCUGCUUACUUCAUAACACAGCUGCAGAAAAUCAGGACAUUUUCCCCGACCUGCCAGCACUGUGGCACAGCUGGUCCCAGACAGGACAGCCCGGCGCUGCCCGACCUGGGGUGCAGGAAGGCUGUCAGCGGACAGCAGCCGUGGCUGUGUGUACACGAACACUCCCCGUACAGCAUGGUGACAGCAGUGUACAGACUAGCUGUACAGGCUGUCAGCUUACACAAGGGGCUGGCCGACAAGCUCUCCUCCCUGGUGACACAGCAGCACGUUGUGGCCUUCUUGUCCAGCUGGCAGUCACAGUCAGACAGCGCCUCCUACUGGCUGAGGUUUGAACACCACCUGCUGUACCACAUGGUCAAGCUAUUCACACAACUGGUUCCCUCAGUCCCCUCAUGUCAUCCCCACACAGUCCUGUAUCACCAGUCCGCACUGACACUCCUCAGGAGACUGUUACCAGGAGACGAGCACUACAUCCACGACCUCAUGUCUACUGUCAUCUUCCAGCCAAGCUUCUUCUUGUAAGCAGGAUGUGAAACUUCAGUG